AUGUUUGCUUUUUGGAUGGGUCUCCUCGCUGUGCGGGGUGUGCUCUCAGCCCAUCUCCGAAGCAAUGCAUCGCACGUAUCCGCCACAGCUGGCGGAGGCAGAUCCUUUUACCAAUCUGAGCCUCAAUGCCAAUGCGUGGCAAACAAUCCGGCAUGGAAGAAGACGGAGCGAACCGAACCCAAAUGUAUCUUCAUCGAUCUUGGUGCAGCUGAUGGGAACACCUUCGCAAAGUUCCUGGAGAACGACUACGGUCCAGUCAAGAACUGCCCGUCCGGAAAGUGGGAGGCUUUUCUUCUCGAGGCCAACCCGCAGUUCACCAAGGAGUUGAACUCCUUGCAGGAGAACUUUCCGGGACAGGUGCACUCUCUUGCUGAGCAUGCUGCUUUCUCGUGUGAGGGCACCACCAGCUUCUUUAUCGAUGCUGACGCCACACACAACCACUGGGGCUCCAGCAUGAUGUCGGACGCGCCUGAUGCCAAGAAGAGCGGGGAUGUCAAGGUGACGGUGCCGAUGCUCAACGUCGUGCAGCUGAUUGCUGAGAAUGUGCGGCCGGAUGAUUGGGUCAUGCUGAAAGUCGACGUUGAGGGUGCCGAGUACAACCUCAUCCCCUGCCUGGCACAGUUCAGUGAGGCAGGCAUGGUGGACCGGAUGUACUUGGAAGAGCACUGGUGGUUUCCAUCCAUCACAGAAGCUGCCAAAUCGGCCCUGGCAGAAGCGAAGAAGCAGCUUGUGGGCAAGCACGUGGACAUCCCGAACUACUACUCCGAGACCUGA